GCUGGGGCAGCGUUCGAGCAUCACCGCGACGGGCGGAAGACGAGAGGGAGCAGCUAGGCGCCGGGCCGCGUCCCCGCCCUCCGCACCGCGCGAAUGGCUGUGCCGGGCCCGGUGUCCCGACGGGCGGCGGCCACCGCGCUCCUGCGUACGGCCCGCGUUCCCCGCGAGUGCUGGUUCUUGCCCACCGCGCUGCUGUGCGCCUACGGCUUCUUCGCCAACCUCAGGCCGUCCGAGCCCUUCCUGACCCCCUACCUGCUGGGGCCGGACAAGAACCUGACCGAGACGGAGGUCUUCAAUAAAAUUUAUCCAAUAUGGACUUACUCAUACCUGGUGCUGCUGUUUCCCGUGUUCCUUGCCACAGACUACCUCCGGUACAAACCCGUUAUUCUGCUCCAGGGACUCAGCCUGAUUGUCACAUGGUUCAUGCUGCUCUAUGCCCAGGGACUGCUGGCCAUUCAGUUCUUGGAAUUCUUCUACGGUAUCGCUACAGCCACUGAAAUUGCGUAUUACUCUUACAUCUACAGUGUGGUAGACCUGGACAUGUACCAGAAGGUCACGAGUUACUGUCGCAGUGCCACCUUGGUGGGCUUUACCGUGGGCUCCAUCCUUGGGCAAAUCCUCAUCUCCGUGGCAGGCUGGUCCCUGUUCAGCCUGAAUGCCAUCUCUCUUACCUGUGUUUCGGUGGCUUUUGCCGUGGCCUGGUUCCUGCCCAUGCCCCAGAAGAGCCUCUUCUUUCACCACGUUCCUUCCACUUACCCGAGAACGAAUGGCAUCAAGGCACAGAAUGGCAGCCUUGUAACCAACACCCCUGCCUCGAACCACCUUCCUGGCUGGGAGGACAUGGAGUCAACAAUCCCUCUAAAUACGGAGGAGCCGGAACCCGCGCCAGACCGGCUCCUCGUACUGAGGGCCCUGUGGGACGACUUCCUGAGGUGCUACUCCUCGCGGCCGCUGCUCUGCUGGUCGGUGUGGUGGGCCCUCUCCACCUGCGGCUAUUUCCAGAUCAUCAACUAUGCACAGGGCCUGUGGGAGAAGGUGAUGAUGGCCUCUCCCAAGGCUGCCAUCUACAACGGCGGCGUGGAGGCGGUGUCCACCCUCCUGGGCGCUGUUGCUGUGUUUGUCGUCGGUUACAUAAAGAUAUCCUGGUCAACCUGGGGGGAGCUGAUGCUGUCUCUGUUUUCUCUGCUGAUCGCUGCCGCAGUGUACGUCAUGGAUACCGUGCCGAACAUCUGGGUGUGCUACGCGUCCUACGUUGUCUUCAGAAUCAUCUACAUGUUGCUCAUCACUAUAGCAACUUUUCAGAUUGCUUCUAACCUCAGCAUGGAGCGCUACGCCUUAGUGUUUGGUGUGAACACCUUCAUCGCGCUGGGCCUGCAGUCUCUGCUCACUCUCAUCGUGGUGGACAGCAGCGGCCUUGGCUUAGACAUCACCACUCAGUUCCUGAUCUAUGCCGGUUAUUUUGCACUCAUCGCUGUGGUUUUCCUGGCCAAUGGUUCCAUUAGUAUUAUGAAGAAAUACCGAAAGCAAGAAGAUGCAGAAUCAAGUUCUCAAGUAACCACUUCGUAAUAACCCUGCUGCUGAGCUGCUUCUGAUAAAACUCUCUGCACAGCAACUGUGCCUGGAUAUAUUUAAGUUUGUAGAAUGCAGAUGUGUGUGUAUGAAUGUGCUUUUUAAGGCUACAAAGCAGCCAGUUGACUCUACCUUGUGCUCCUGGAGUAACCAUACUGUUUAGGGUAGCCAGAGGUGAUGUUUAUCUCGUGGAUUAUUUAUGAAAGCUAAUUUAAGGAUCACUUUCUUCCGAUACAAAAGCGAACUUGAUUUUGAAAACAGGGUAGUCAAGAGCACUCAGGCAACACGUGGCAUUUAUACUUUAUCGGAAGGGAGUCUCGUGCCUCCAAGGUUAUGUCGCUUCUCAUGGCAGGAGGGGGGGGCGGGCAGGGCUCCACGGACUGCAGGAUACUAUGUUCCAGCAGCUCCUGGGUCUGUUCAGCUUCCUUCGUCUCUCUGUGUUAUUCGUGUGCAUUUGUGUUUCUACGGAUGAAAGUUGUUUUUAUCACUGCCAGUAUUUGCUCUGGUUUGGUUUUCUGCACUACAGGGAAUGUAGGUCAUUUCCAAUUUUAAGUUAUUUUUAAAACACUCGUGUGAACAUUCUCUGUUUCCAUCUUGACAAUUUUGUAUUUGUGUGGAUUGUCUUUGGAAGUCCACUUUUGCGUUAUUCAUAUGCUUCCCAGAGAAGCUCAUGUAUUUAGAAAAUAAGGCAAGUUUUGAGGCCUGUUAAUCGAAACGAAGAGACCUAAUCAGCAAACUUAAGUUACGUUUGCCUGUCUUUUAGUUUUCAGUAUGAAGGAGGAUUAAUUAUAUGAGGAGAAGGUAAUGUAUGCGCCAAGGAUACAACUACCCCAGCCGGGUCCCUUUUCUUUCCAAAGUAAAAUGAAGUCUUUUUUUGAUAUCUUCAUUCCUGUUUAUAAUUCUUAUAUUAUUUGUCCUUAUCCAAGAUCACGAUGUCAUUAGGAGUUAGAUUUGUUGAAUUGUUAUAAGGCCUUUUCAAAAACUGAGACUCUUUUUAAUUAUUUCAGUGGGACAGGGACUAGGGUAGACUUGAUACCUGCAUUUUGUACAUUAAAUCUGCCUUUGUUUCUAAGGGUGGAUUAUCUUGGAAUAUCUGCUUAAAAUAAUAACUGUUAGUGAUCCCAUUUCCAGGGUACUUGGAAAAAUGUGGUGUAUACACUUAAUUCUGCAAUUAGUCUCCUGAGUGGUUGCUAGUGUAUAUGUUAUGUGAGUCACGAAAACUUUUUUAAAGCCAACUUUGUUGCCUUAUCUUGAGAAAAAUCUAGGCUAAUUUAUUUAGAAUAACACAGGUAAACCAUGCGAAUACUAGUUUCAAGAUUCCAAAAUUGACAUAUUCAUUUAGUGUCAGUAGGAAUUCUAGAAGUAAAUGAAGAUAAGUAUAGGUACUUUUCCAUUCACCUUCCCUUCUGAUCAAGGGAAAGAAAAGAACACUAAGGGAAGGGGAAAUUAUGUCAUGAAAAUACAGCCUCUGAUUUUGUAUUUUAUCUUUGGUUUUGCUACACAGAGAAUUGUUUACUCAGAAACAAGUAGAAAAGUGAUGUUCAAGGGAUUUUAUAUAAUGUUUUUUAAUAAAACAGGCUGUGGUACAAUCAAAUUGUUCAUGUUACCAAAGCAAUAUCUCCCUAGAAUUUAAUUCAAAGUGUGCGGUCCACAACUGGAGCCUUUACUUGCUGAAGACAAUAAUAGGUUCCUGUCCUGGUAUGUGGCCAUAUUUCUAGAAUGCUGAGCCAAUAUGCAGGUUGUGCUGUGUGCAAUUUUACAAAGACGUGAAGAAAAUCUAUUGUAGAUUUUAUCCAAUUCUGGAUAGAUUAUAAAAUUAUUUUUAUUAAAUAAAUCUUUUACAUCAUA